GCCGAACCGAAAAAGCUCCAGCCAAGAGCACAAGCCAGCCAACCCGAGAGCUCCUAUCCAUACCUACCUCUCAUCAUCUCUCCGAACCAUUAUCGAACAGCGUACUUUCCAAACCCCUCUCACCAAAACUCCCACGCCCCCCCCGGUCGUUGUUCUCCCCUCAACCACAACCACAAAUCAAUAAACCGCCAAAAUGUCUGACGAGGAGCGCGUUACCAAGCCCUUCAAGUUCGUCACCGCUGGUAUGCAUAAAUUUCUUUUUCUGCCCCGAUUGAAGCCCGAGAGUGUCGAAUUGGUUGCCGAGGGAAAUGGAAUUGAGAGCUGGAUUGAAAUGGGGAUGAUUGAGCUUUGGGGAGCUGGGCCGAUGACGAUGACGAAUGGUUAUGACGGAACGACGACAAAUGGACCGGCCGCCGACACGGACGCUUUCAACAACUCAGAUGCUGGAGAAGGGGGAUCGCCACAAUUCCACGUGGAAGCCGACGUCACGCCAGAAAAUGAAGCAGAAGGAAUUAUUACCAAGCACUGCUGGCAGAACUACGUCGACUACCACAAGUGCAUCCUCGCCAAGGGUGAGGAUUUCGCUCCCUGCCGCCAGUUCUGGCUCGCCUACCGGUCUCUGUGCCCUAGCGGUUGGUAUGAACGGUGGGACGCCCAGAGAGAGGCUGGCAACUUCCCCGUCAAGCUCGAGUAAGCGUGCUUUUCGAAAUGGGAAAGUUGAAUUAAACACUACUGCCCAGCAUUGCGGCAGAGAAAUGGAGAGAAAGGAAGCUAGGAGCUAAUGGAGAACGGCGACGGCGGCCCCCCCAAACAAAAUUACCUUUUGUGACACUAGAGAAAAAUGCCAUCAUUGGUAGUAAACUCAGGGGAGUUGUGUGUGUGAGGGUCAGGCAUAUAGAAUUUUGAGAAAGACGUGGGU